GCUACUCCACAACCAUGCCAACCUCUCACAAACCCGGUCUUGACCUGCCUUGGAACUCUUUCCAUGACGUGCCUUCCCAACUUUAUCCGUAAUGGCUUUAGCUUCCAUUCACCCCGCUACAUAAAUCUAUUCUUUGUCCCUCCCUUCGCUCCAUCUUCUACUCUAAUCAUCUACUCAUCAACUCUCAAUCCACAAGAACCUCUAAUUAAUCUUUUCAAUCAACCACCACUUUACAAUCACACCAUGUCUCUUCACUACCUCCCACCAGUUAAGCCAUCGGCUAUUGCCCUCGGUACCGUCUUCAACCACGCUGCAUCCCUUGCCAUUCUCGGCCCAGUCUUCGGCGAAACCUACCACAGAGCUCAAGCUGCCAACUCCAAGGAGGAAUUCAUCAAGUCAAAGGAAGCUGCUUCCGCCGCUGCUGCAUGGGGAACCUCCCUCGUUGGUAGCGCCGUCCAAUCAUAUGGUGUUGGUGCUUUGAUCAAUGCCACCGGUACUCUCUCAUACAAGGGUGCUGCAUACUUGGGAUCUUUGAUCUUCAUGGCUUCAUCUGCCCCAUCUUUCAUUGCACAAAUCACCACUGAGAAGCGACCACUCGACACUGUUGCCGUUGGAGCUCUCGCCCGCGUCUUCGAGACCGUCGGUCUCUCUCUCUUCCUCACCUGGUGGGGAACCCACACCAACCCAUUCGAGUAAAUGUAUUACGCUUUAAUAUUGGGUACGAUCGCUGGGAAGGAAUAACGGAAUGGGGUUAUGGCAUGGGAAGGAAAUGACGUUCGGAUUGGAGUAUUCCGUUUCGUCUGUGUAUUAUCUCGACUCUGAAUCAAUUCACUUUUAUGACUUUAUGAUUUAAUUGUCAUUAAUUGCACAGCUUUGUUAGGCGAAAAAUGAAAUUCUCUCAAACA